AUGGCCUCUCCCGUGCCACCAUUUGCACAAGCGCCGGGAGCCACGUCAGCAGCGAUGACGGCGCCGGCAGGUUCCGCUGGUCCAGCCGGCGGGCCGGUAGACCACUACCCGAAGCCGUUAGCGACGCACGAGGCGAUCCUGGGGGAUCGCGUGCUGUUCCUUGACUUGCUGGCGCGGUUUCACAACCAGAUGGGAGGGUCGCUGAGGAUCCCGCAAAUGGGAGGGAGGGAGCUGGACCUGCACCUGCUGUACCGUGAAGUGACAGGCCGAGGGGGGUUGAUGCAGGUGAUAGCAGAUCGCAAGUGGAGGGACGUGACGAUUCCAUUUGACUUCCCCCCGACCACCACCAGCGCCUCCUACGUCCUCCGCAAGUUCUACAUCAACCUGUUGCACCACUUCGAGCAGACCUACUUCUUCAACCGACAAGGGCCACUGGUCCCCCCCCCUCCGCUCACUCACUUCCCUCGCAAGCGCGGGGCUCGCAGGAUGCAAGGCUUCGAAGCGCCUCCCCCGCCCCAGCUGGCGAACAUCGGGCGCAACAUCUCAGGCAUCAUCCGCUCCAAGUGUGACAACGGCUACUUCAUAACUGUGCCCAUGGGCGACCAGGUGCUGCACGGAAUCUUGUACCAUCCACCCACCACCGCCUCCUCCUCCCCAUUCGCCCCUCCCCAGCCCGUCUCCUUCCUCCUCAACGCCUUCUCCCUCGACUCCGCCCUCAUCCGCUCGCAAAUGCACGGCCGGCGGCGGCGGAGGAAGAGGCGCAGACGGGCAGAACUCCUAGCUGCAGCAGCGGGGGGAGUGCCGGGGGUGGUGGUGCCACCGAAGCAGAACCGCACAGGGUACAACUUCUUCUUUGGGGAGCAGAGGAUGAAGCUCAAGGCUGACAUGCCCGAUGUGCCAGAUCGUGAGAUCAGCCGGCUCAUCGGCCAGCGAUGGAUGGCCCUUUCUCCUCAAGACCGCAUUCCAUACCAGGAGCAGGCGGAGCGGGACAGAGAGCGGUAUGUGGCAGAAAUGAGGGAAUACAAUGAGAAGCGCACACAAGCAGGCGGGGGAGCAGCAGGAGGAGGAGGAGAUGAAGGGGGAGGGGUAGUGGGAGCAGGAGUGGGAGGAAAGGGAGCGGGAGUGGGAGUGGGUGGAGAGGGUGUUGGGGGGGUGGGAAGCGGGGGUAUUGGGGGGAGAUUUAGGGAUUUGGGGCAGUAUAUGGCGGAUGUUGAUAGGGUGAUGGGGGGAGGGGGGUUCAGGCGCGGGGGAAUGGGGGGAGGCGGGGGGAGGGGAGGAUUAGCAGGUGCAGGGUUUGAAGGGGAGAUGGAGGAGGAGGAAGAGGAGGAGGAUGAGGAGGGAAUGGAGGGUGAGGAGGAGUAUGAGGAGGAGGGAUAUGAGGAGGAAGAAGGGGAGGGAGAGGAGGGGUAUGAGGAUGAAGAGGAGGAGGAAGGAGAGGGGGAGGAGGAGGAUGGAAUGGAAUUCGGGGGGAUGACUGGACAUGCGGGUCUGCAGGUAGGAGCUGACGUGGAUACACGUGUGCAAGUGGGGAUGCACACCUCUGAACCCCUCAGCACCGCAAUGGCUGCUGUGCCUCUUCCUCGAAUUCCCCCUCGCCGAUUCCCUCCGCUGGCUGACUCCCCGCGCCGCGUCCCUCCGCUCGCUGACUCCCCGCGCCGCGUCCCUCCGCUCGCUGACUCCCGCGCCGCGUCCCUCCGCUCGCUGACUCUCCGCGCCGCGUCCCUCCGCUCGCUGACUCCCCGCGCCGAGUCCUUCCGCUCGUUGACUCCCCGCGCCCCUCCACUCGCCGACUCCCCGCGCCGCGUCCUUCCGCUCGUUGACUCUCUCCGCGCCGCGUCCCUCCGCUCGCUGACUCCCCGCGCCGCGUCCCUCCGCUCGCUGACUCCCCGCGCCGAGUCCUUCCGCUCGUUGACUCUCCGCGCGAGUCCCCCCCUCGUUGACUCCCGCGCGCCGAGUCCCUCCGUUCGCCGAUUCUCGCCGCUCGCGUUGAAUCUUCACCCCCCCGGGUGGGAAAAGGCUGGUGCCCAUUUCCAAGCCCCAUCAUCAUGGGGGGGAACACGCCGUUGGAUUGAGCUCGGCGCGGAUGCCGCCGCGAAUGCCGUCUCAUGGCCGCACCCGAACCCCGACAAGGCCAACAUAGAAUCUGUCCGCCGAAGCCGCUCCAUUCGGCGCAAUAAAAGCGGUACCGCUGCGGUUACUACCACUGCCGCUGCUUCAGCCGCUUCUGUUUCCGGUACCGCCGCGGGUACAGCCACUGCCAUUAGCAGCGGCGGUGGUGGUGGAACUAUGGGUCGCAGUCGACGCAGCGCGUGCGGCGCGAUUCUCGCUGCGCUUCUUCUUCUGGCCGUCGGCUCGCGCUCGUGUGAAGGAGCAACAGACGCGGAUCAAGUCGCCAUCCUCACCACCAUCGCUCAGUCCCUCGGAGCAGGCACGUCCUAUUUCAGAACCUGGACCGGCAGCGACCCCUGUGGCACUACCGGGGGGGCGGUGUGGCGGGGGGUGCUGUGCUCGCCUGCGCCAGCGCCUGCCAGCAACUCUACUGUCGUCACUUCGCUCGUUCUGCAGCAGGUGGACCUUAUCGGCACGCUUCCUGCCUCUCUGUUCAACCUCGCUACCCUACAACUGCUUGACCUCUCUUUGAACCAGAAACUUUCGGGCUCCAUCCCUCCCACCAUCGGCCAACUGACCGGCCUCACAAGACUGGCUCUCUCUGGGUGUAGCUUCACGGGGUCGCUCCCGACUACUCUGGGAGCGCUGACACGCCUGCAGUUGCUAGAUCUCAACACCAACCAUCUCACGGGACCCAUUCCCACAGAGAUAAGCGCUCUGAGGCAGCUCACCUACUUUGACGUCACCAGUAACCAGCUGGAAGGGCUGGUACCUGCCUUCGGCCCGAAAGUGGUUCACCUGCAUUUAAGUAACAACAAGUUCAUCAGUCUCUCUUCUUCCAUUGGCUCGCUUAAGAAACUCAUUCAUCUCCUGGUGGACAACAACCAUCUGAACCACGACUUUCCAGCGUGGAUCAAUAACUCCAGCAACCUUAAAAUCCUUGACCUUAGCAACAACAAUAUAACAGGGAAAAUUCCUCCUCUCCACAUGUCUCGUUUGGAGAGUCUAAUCCUCUGCAACUGCAACUUGUCGGGCCAGGCUCUGCCCUCUUUCGAUGGCCUACCUGCCCUUGCUGACCUGGAAUUGAACAACAACCAGUUCACAGGGCCCAUUCCUUCCUCCCUCUUCACUUCCCAUUCCAAUCUCGUCACCAUAAACCUACAAAACAACCACCUCACGCGGACCAUACCUCCUGAUGCAGCCACCGCAAGCUUACCCAAUCUCUGUACAAUAUCCCUGUCUGGAAACAAACUGUUGGGUCACAUCCCCAACCUGCGGCGGCUCCCCGAAUUGAUGUUUCUCUCUCUCUACGACAACCACUUCAGCAGUGCUGCGAGCGACCUCCUGACCAACAGAACCAACGACAGACUCCACACACAGCUCUACGGCGAUCCACUCUGCUCACCCUACCGGCCCAACCUCUUCACCGUGUGCUCUCCCCCGGUCGAUUACCCUGCCUUUUUAAAUCGACGACUAUUGCACACCCCUAUCCUGCAACCAAUUCUACCACUAUCCAUCCCCCUCUCCACCCCUCUCCACCCCUCUCCACCCCUCUCCACCCCUCUCCACCCCUCUCCACCCCUCUCCACCCCUCUCCACCCCUCUCCACCCCUCUCCAGGCUCUACGGCAAUCCCCUCUGCUCGCCCUACCGCCCCAACCUCUUCACUGUCUGCUCUCCCCCCGUCGAGUUCCCCAAAUACACCUUCGGAGCAUACUGCCCGGACCUCACCUGCAACAGCACCUACGAGCCCAGCUUCCCACACUUUGCGCUUUUGAACCACGACUGCCAGUGUGUGACGACUCUCAAGGUUCAGCUGCGGAUGCUGGCACCGCAGUACACCACUUACAACGAAGAUGUUGUGAAGAAGAUUAAGGGGUGGCUGCAACGCAGCUUGCACGCUCACAGCGUGUGGAUGGAGUGGCAACAGAUCAUCAUCAGCAGCAUCAAGGUACCCAUUGCCAUGGACAGCGACGUCACUGUGACUCUCAUCUUCUUCCCGCCUCUGGACGACCCAACCUGGGUGAACGAGCCGGCCCGCACCCAGAAAACGAAAAUCCGCAACCUGUUUGACGCCCACAAGCUCUCUCUGGGUUCUGCCAUGGGGCCAUACACGAUUAAAGGCUUCUACGGUCCAGAUGACCCACCUGCCAACGUCACUGCACAGGCAGCACCAGCAGCGUCAAGCGGGAUCUCAAUUCCAGUGGUGGUGGGUAUAGUGGCAGGAGGAGUGGCGAUUCUCGCUCUGCUGCUCGUGGGACUUACCUGGCUGCUCCUGCACCGACAGAAGAAGCGAGACUGGUGGGGGAAGGAGGACUACGAGGCAAUAGAGGGUCUGAACCUGGUGGGCGUGCAGCGAUUCAAGCUGGCGGAGCUGGCAGAUGCGACCCAGGGGUUCAAGACACUGUUGGGGGAGGGCGGAUACGGACAGGUGUACCACGGGCAGUUGCCAUCCGGGGAGAAGGUGGCGGUCAAACGGGCCAAGCCAGGCGUGCAGGUGAACGGCGCUGAGUUCCGCAACGAGAUAGAGCUGCUGUCAGCAGUGCGCCACCGCAAUCUCGUGUUGCUGCGGGGCUUCUGUGUGGAAGCAGGGGAGCAGCUUCUGGUGUACGAAUUCAUCGAAAAGGGCACUUUGGAAGAUAUUUUAAGAGGCAAGUCCGAUAUGCACCUAUCUUGGCAGCAGCGGCUGGACAUCGCCUGUGGAGCAGCGAGGGGGUUUGCGUACCUGCACCAUCAGAUCAAGCCGCCUAUCAUUCACCGCGACGUUAAGACCGCAAACAUUCUGAUCACGGCAGCGGGGGAGGCGAAGGUGGCGGACUUUGGGAUCUCCAAGGCGGUGAUGGAGGGCGAGCAGCUGGACACACAGGUCAAGGGCACCGUGGGCUACCUGGACCCUGAGUACUACAUGUCAGACUUGCUCACUGAGAAGAGCGACGUGUUCAGCUUCGGCAUCGUGCUGCUGGAGAUAGCCACGGGUCUCCGGCCAAUCAGCGACAACCAGCACAUCCGCCAACUGGUGAUCAAACAAGUCAUGGCGGGCGGCAGAGGCGCCACCAGCGUCAUUGACCCUGUGCUGCUGAGUGCGGGAGGAGGAGUGAUGGAGGGAGAAGGAGGGGGCGUGGAGGUGGUAGUGGGUGAAGCAUGGCAAUCCCAAGGGAGUAACCAAGGGGACACCAAGGGGAAUGCACAAGGGGCCACCCAGGGCGGUAUUCCCGAGGAGGUGGAGGCGACGUUCGAGUGGUUCCUGAAGCUGGGCAUGCGGUGCAGCGCCAGGCUGUCGCAGGACCGCCCCACCAUGCAACACGUGGCAGCUGAGCUGGACGCCAUGCGGGCGAGGGUUAUCCAGAUUGCGAGGCUCCGGGGAGGAGGAGCCGGUGGUGCUGGCAAUGAUCCUGGCAGUGAUGGUGGUGGUGGUGCUGGCAGUGGUGGUGGUGCUGCUGCUGCUGCUGCUGGUGCUGGUGCUGGUGCUGGUGCUGGUUCUAGCACUGGUGUUAGUACUGGUGCUACUAGCACUGCUUUUAGCACGGGUUCCGGUGCGACCAGUGAGGAGCGAUUCUGGGAGGAUAUGGCAAGCGAAGGGGCACUGGUGCCAGGCUUCAAUGAUGAUGAUGAUGAGGAGAUGGAGUACGGUCAAGAGGUUUAUGAAGAGAUGAUGCGAGAGGCACGUGAGGGACAGGGAAAGGAGGGAACUGGAGGGGUUUCUGGGAGUGUGGGCGGUGGAGGGUAUAAGAGCAGCAGCAGUGAGGGUGCGUGGAGGGCCGGGGGUUCGACCACUGACUGGACGAGUGACAGUGCUCCGAGUAGGGAGAUCUGA